AAACACUUCCGAAGGCAAAGCGUCAUGUUGGUUAAUGUAUUACGAUUUGAAUAGUUAUUUUGUGUAGAUACAUAUUUAUUCAUGAAAUAUAUCAACAACUUUGUCUUCAAUUAUUCUAUUUUGUAUAUGAAACGACACUUGAUUCGUCAGUUUACAUAUGUUUAAAAAAGCGCGAGAUCAAUUUAGAUGUGAAAAUAAUUAUUACAUUCAACGUAACAAGAAGCAAGAUUCUCUACGGUUAACAUUAGCCGACGCAUCAAAAUUUUCGACUGAAUAAUUUAUUUAUAAAAUGGCCGGUAAUUUUUGGCAAAGCUCCCAUCAUCAACAAUGGUUACUGGAUAAACAAGAUUUGGUUAGAGAACGACAGCAUGAUCUAUCAAUAUUAACCGAAGAAGAAUAUCAGAAACUGUUCAUUUUCUUCUCUAAUUUGAUACAAGUUUUGGGAGAACAAUUGAAGUUAAGGCAACAAGUGAUAGCUACCGCGACAGUUUACUUCAAGCGAUUUUAUGCUCGCAACAGUUUGAAGUGCAUAGAUCCUUUAUUGUUAGCUCCUACUUCAGUUUUCUUAGCAUCGAAAGUGGAAGAAUUUGGGGUAAUUUCUAAUACUAGACUGAUAACAAUAUGCCAAACUGUAGUUAAAAAUAAAUUUAAUUACGCGUAUUCGCAAGAAUUCCCAUAUCGCACAAAUCAUAUUUUGGAAUGUGAAUUUUACCUAUUGGAACAUUUGGAUUGUUGUUUAAUAGUAUACCAACCGUACCGUCCCUUAUUAACAUUAAUUCAAGAUGUGGGACCGGAUGAUCAAUUACUUACUCUUGCAUGGCGUAUUAUUAAUGAUAGUUUAAGGACUGACGUGUGCUUAUUAUAUCCGCCUUAUCAAAUAGCAAUCGGCUGUCUGCAAAUAGCCUGUGUAAUAUUACAGAAAGAUCACAAAUCGUGGUUUGCAGAAUUAAAUGCAGACAUGGAGAAGAUUCAGGAAAUAGCACGAUAUAUAAUAAAUUUGUAUGAUUUGUGGAAUAGGUUUGACGAGAAGGAGGAGAUUCAAGGCUUAUUAUCGAAAAUGCCGAAACCAAAAGCUGCGCCACAGCGCUGACAACAAGUUCUCUCUUUGCCGAAUGUCUGGGAUGUUGUUUCAUGUUAAGUUUUAACGACUGUUUGAAACUCUAUCCUUCGUCCCAUACGCUGCUCUAUCGGAUACAUACAGAGAUGCAUUAACAACGAAUAUAUAUUUCGCGUUCUGCAUUUGUAUCUGGAUGAAAAUACCAUUUUUUUUUAUUCAUAUUGAAAUGUCCUGAAAGUAAGUCGCGAAUAGUAGCAACGCCAUCGAUCGACAUUGUUUUACGCUCUCGACGCAAUAACGGCGUACUUCGGGGGAAAUAAAAUUGUAUCGAUUUAUGAGAAUUAUAUUGUAAUUCACAUGAUAGAAAUAAUAAAAAAAAAGAAACAAGUCUUUUUGGCACUGCAGUUAGAAAAAAAUUUCUCUUGCCAGUCCAUUUCGAGGAUUCCUUCUCCAGUUUUUCUAGGCACUUUAUUUUUCGAAACGAUUUGCAGUAUCGCUAUUUAAGAAACGUAGCGUUCGUAAAAUGUUUCUUCCUCGCCGCAACGACUCUUCCGCUCGA